AUGUCUUUCGAAAACAAGAACUUAUACGCUUUGUUGGGUAACGAUGUCGAAGACGACACCGUCCCUGCGCCAAUGCCAAAGGAGAUUACCAAGGCCACCACUUCUUCCAAGAAGGCCGACGUCCCACCACCUUCAGCUGACCCAGCCAAGGCCAGAAAGAACAAGAAGGCCCCAACCGGAAACGAUGCUGCCUUGAAGAACAAGACCAACAACAAGAGCACCCCAGGUCCAUCUGCCACGCCAGCCAAGCACUCCAAGAAGCCAUUUGACCGUCACUCCAGAACCGGCAAGACCGACUCCAAGAAGCAAGUCAAGCAAGCUUGGGGUGAUGACAAGAAGGAGUUGGAGGAUGAGAGCCGCGCUGAGGCCGAUGCUGCUGCCGAGCUCGCCGCCGAGGCCGAGGAGAACCCAUCUGGCCCAGCCGCCAAGUCCUUGCAGGACUACUUGGCCGAGUUGCGCGAGAAGGAGGCUGCUUUGGGCGGUGCCAGAGUCGUCAGAAAGGCCAACGAGGGUGCCGAGGCCAAGUGGACUGCUGCUGAGAAGAUCGAGAAGGAGCAAGCUAGCUACGUCGAGCCAUCUGCUACCAAGAAGUCCAAGCAAAAGUCGCAAAAGGAGAAGAAGUUCUUGGACUUCAACGCCGUUUUCGCCGACGAGACUCCUAAGUUCAGCAACGACAGAAAGCCUGGUUUCAAGGGCAAGAAGUCCAACGCUCCAAACUCCAAGGUUGUCAAGAAGGAGCAGAACUUCCCUUCCUUGUAA